AUGGACACUACUUUGGAUAUCAUGAUAUCCUUCAUCGUGUGGGCUUGUCUCAGCGCUACAGGAGUGGCUCAUAGUUAUGGUUCUGACUGUGUACAUGAUAUUCCACACGAGGUCACCUACCUACCGAGCCGUGAUAACUGUACUCUGAAUCACGUGACCUCGACAAGAUUACAGAAUAUGCGGCAGUUGUUUCAAGACUAUAAUUUGGAUGCCUACAUCGUCACUACACAGGAUGCUCAUCACCAACAAGGAGGGUCCCCACAUGAUAGGCGCUUACAAGCCAUAUCCGGCUUUGAUGGAACAAUUGGUGCUGCUGUUAUCACACGUGAAAAAGCAGUCAUUUGGACAGACGGACGUAACGUAGAGGCAGCCAUGAGAAUGGAUUGUGGUUGGCAGAUAUACAGAAAAGGGGCUAAAGGAAUACCCGCACUUACAUCGUGGGUCAGAACAGAACUUCGUAACGUUACUAGACCUAUCAUUGGCGCGUGUCCUAGUCUUAUGGCGGCAGUCUGGUGGAAGAAUUUCGAACUGAGUUUUUCGAAGGAAAAUAUAACUAUGCUGGGAAUUGAAGACGACCUAGUUGGCCAGGUAUGGAAUUAUGGCCGUCCCCCACAAAUUAACGUCACAAUCAACGCCCUACCGACGCGAUUUGCAGGUAGAAGCUGGCAAGAUAAAUUAAAGGAUGUCCAUUAUGAAAUGGCCAAAGCCGGUGUAGACGUAUUGAUAGUGUCGGACCUUGAUGAGAAUCCUUGGUUGUUCAACCUAAGAGCCUUUUCGUUUGGAUUCGAUCCAUUCUUCUAUUCAUUUGCUGUGAUAGAAAGACGAACUCGUAUUGCAAGGUUAUAUAUCAUUGAUCACAAGUCGAUGCUUUCCCGGAUGCCCUCAGACCCUGAUGUUCACAUCACUCUAGAACAACACCUUGAUUUAGGAGAAGGACAAUGUUUUAUGAGAGUAACUGAAAAUGGUUACACAGAAAGUUCCUAUUCAGCAGAAGAAUGCUCACAGAAUUUCAGAGUACAGGUACUGGAGUACAAUGUGAAGGAGGUUGUUAAAGUUUUAUCAAGACUUGCAUCUCUUCCGCAAAUAAGGAAAGUUUGGCUAUCUCCAUACUGCAGCUUCGCCCUCUACUCUGCUGUUCCUGAGAAUAAGAUUUACCAAGACAACACGCCUGUGAGGAUUCUGAAAUCCAUCAAAAACCCAGUAGAAAUCAAAGGCAUGGAAGACGCUAACCUCCUGGAUUCUGUUGCUGCCAUUCGUUUUUUCGCUAGACUGGAAGCAGAGGUGAAACAAGGGAAGAAUUGGACCGUUUAUGAUGCUUUUCAUGAGAUUCUUAACUACAGGAAACGAAUUCCAUAUUUCCGCGCUCCAGCGUUUAGAACACUUACCGGAAGUGGCCCGACUGCAGCGCCAAUUUAUAAUAUGCCGACACCAGAAAAUUCUCAACCAAUUACAUCUGAACACAUCUUUAUGCAAGACUCAGGAGGCCAAUACCUAAAUACAGGAACUACAGAUAUGACAAGGUCCUUCCACUUCGGAAAGCCGACGAAAUAUGAAAAGGAGAUAUACACCCGGGUAUUGAUAGGCCAUAUAAACUUAGCAAAACUGAUCUGGCCUGAGGGACGAACAGGACAUGACAUCGACGCUACUGCGAGGGAGCCACUCUGGGAGUUAGGUCUGGACUACUCUCACGAGACAGGCCAUGGCAUCGGUGCUUACGGGGGUGUCAUAGAAGGACCUGGGCGGAUAUCCUCUACGUAUGCUGAUUUCAUCAGCGACGUUCCAUUCUUUGCUGCUAUUUUUACAAAAGAUGAAAAUAUAUAUAAGUUUCCUGAUCCAACAGACUACCCUUUGAAGAAAAACAUGUUUUUCACAGUUGAACCUGGUUUUUACGAAAUGAAUAACGUGGGUGUACGCAUGGAAAACGUAAUGUAUAUAACCUCAGCUAACCUGAAACAGCUUUCAUCACGUUGUAAAUUUCUAAGAUUUGAAACGAUAACACUGGUACCAUACGAGCCUCACCUCAUCAACUACAAUAUGCUGAGUCAAACACAUUUGGAUUGGCUGAAUGAGUACAAUAGUCGAGUUUUACAGAAGACUGCUCCUAUUUUGGAACGCUUUGGUGACGAAAACGCACUGGUUUGGCUGAUGGCACGAGUAAAUAAUGUCACUAGGCAAUCCAUUCUCUAA